UUAAUAUCGCGAUGGCAGAGAACAGAGAAGAAAUUCUAGCAAACUUUCAGGGAAUAACAGCCAUAGAAGAUGUAGCAGAAGCUAUUUACCACUUGGAAGAAGCCAAUUGGGACUUACUGGCAGCCAUCAACCGAGUAAUGCCACAAGAUGGAAACUCAUCAACGGUGGACCGAGAAACGCACGACGUCGAGAUGAUAGAUGAAGAUAUAUCUGUGAUAACUCCAAAAACACGCCCACCGGAUCGAGUAGACAACAAUCAGGCUUCCACGUCUGCACAUAGGAAUAAUAGUUCAACUGACUUAGUAGAACUGCAGGUCAACUGUAAUAAUAAGAUGUAUGAAAUCAAAAUGUCAGGAUCGGCGACAGUCAGUGAUUUAAAGAAGCGGUUAGAAGCAGUGUGCGGCAUACCGGUAUGUCGACAACAGAUAUCAGGGUUGGGGGGCUCGCGGGCGACCUCCUCGGCCACUCUUGGCUCACUGGGCUUACCGCGCAAUUCCGUACUACGGUUGAAACCCGCCGACGAAGUUAUGGCCGACGAUGAGGUUGCGGAGAGAUUGACGGCGACAUACGUGCUUCGUGUGAAACACGACGAUAAAGAAUACACGCUAAAAUUCCCUGGUACCAAAACGGUGCGAGAGGUCAAGAACGAUAUUUAUUCCCUCACAGACAUACCUUUCAGAUAUCAGUCGUGGACAGGCUGGCCCGAGGUGUCAGGACUGGACGACACAGUGCUAGCGAUGGUGGGGUUAGACUUACCGCAGCACGAUCUCACCGUCAAGCGCGCCACCAACAACAAACAGAAGGAGUGCAAGAGGAUAAUAGUAGAAAGUUCGGACAGCGACAAUAGUUCAGUGGAGGAAGUUGAAGACCCGACAGACGGCUUCACGGCAGAGGACGACAAUAUGUUCGUCGACCUUGUUCAGUCGGAGCGAUUGCAACCGCUUAUGUCAGAAAAUGUGGAAGAUGAGGCGCUGGGCUGCAUCGAGUUCUCACAGCGGUUCCGCUCACGCUACGGGCCCAACACGCCCAAUUUCUUCGAAGGCACCCUACAGGACGCCAUCAAGGAAGCCUGUCUCAAACCCGCCAAUGAGCGAAAAUUACUAGGCGUAUACCUACACCACGAACAAUCGGUACUGUCGAACGUGUUUUGCGCACAGCUGCUAGGCUGCGAGACUGUACUACAAACGUUAAACGAGAACUUCAUCGUCUACGGAUGGGACUUGACGCAUCCACAUAACAACAACAUGUUAUUGAACUCUGUGGGCAACGCGCUGGGCCCGGUGGCAAGCAUGACGAUCCGCAGCAUCCCCGUGGACCGACUACCAGCGCUUGUCAUCAUCAUGCGCGUGCGCUCCAACACCGAAAUUUACUCCGUCAUCAACGGCAACGUAGGCGUGUCGGAGUUAGUGGGCGGACUGGUGGAGGCUCUUGAACGAUUCGCGGCGCAGCGCGGCGAGGACGCGCGGCUCGAACGCGAACGGGACGCCAGGCAGAAAGUUAAACUGGAACAGGACGAGGCCUACCAACGAAGUCUCGAGGCCGACAGAGCCAAAGAAGAAAUAAAGAAACAACAAGAGUUAGAAAGAAAUCAGGAAAUUGAGCGAGUAGAAUCAGAAAGACAAAUGGAGGAGGCGAGAAAAGCUGCGGCGCGAGCUGCGGCCGCGGCGCUGGUGCCGGCGGAACCGCCGUCGUCGGCCGACGCGGUGGCGCGCAUCCGCGUGCGCCUGCCGCCGCCCCACCACGCCUGUCUCGAACGCCGCUUCCGCGCCUCCGACACGCUACAGGCGUUAUUUGACUACCUCGCAUCGGAAGGUUUCCCCCAAGACAACUACAAAGUCAUAUCUAGCUGGCCUAGAAGAGACUUGACGACAGAAUCUCCAAGCAGUACAUUGCGUGCGCUGAAACUGUAUCCCCAAGAGACCGUCAUGCUUGAGGAGCGGUGAGAAGCGCCCCACUCGCGCUCCGCACGAGUUACGCCGACGUCAUCCCCCCUCCAUUCAUCACCAGCCGAAAGAUAUCCACUGCCGAACAUAGGCCCAACAAAAUGCCACUGCAUACGUUCCUUGACCACCUUCAUAAUUAUCAGGUCGUCGAUCCUGGAGGCCAUCCUAUAUUGCGUCUGCCUGCUCGCGGUCGCCGCAAGAGGCCACACCACUCACGUCAUAUUAUUUCAAAAUCUCUGAAUUUCAUCUGAAGUUUAUAGACAAAACGCGAUAACCUCUCCUUAACGAAAACAUGUGCCUCCGUAAAAAGUACAGUACAUCACCCUAUUCUUACUACUGCAAGUGAGCUACCGACUACUAACUCUUUUAUAGAAGGUUUAAAUUUGGGCUGUAUAAUUACAAUACUAUUUGACGUACAGAUCGCGACAAGUAAGUUGAACAAACUGGCGGCCGUCUGCGCAGGUGUACAGUUUUCAGCUGAGACGAGAAGCGAUUGAGGGCUGCAGACCAAUUGGGGCGCAGGCGUCGGUAAGUUGCUUUAGUUACGCCUCGCCCCUUUCGUUGCACCUCAUACCGCACUCUAAUUGAGACCAUAAAGUCGAAUUCUGCGCAUUGUUCAACUGCGUGUCGCCAUCUGUAACUUACUAUUUUGACGUGGCGAGUUAUUUACACCAUAUCACAGAACAUGAAAUUUAGAAUCGAACUAUCUCAAUAACCUAGUCCCGUCGACAGAUUAUCACUAAUCACAGGUAGAAACCUUGAACCACGAACAAAAAUGGCACGUGGCAAGAAUGCCACGGUAUGAGUUCUUUUUAUUUUCCCGACAGUCAACCCCUGUCAACAAAGCGUGUAACCGUUCAGAAAUAUUGGGAAAAUAAAAUAAAAACUCAUACUGUGGUAAGAAACCUGUAUUGUUAGUGAUUAGUGGUACUCAUUUAGUGAACCACGAGUCUUAAUAUAUUAUAUUUGAGGGCUAUCAGCGUAAAACUGGUGUA